AUGCCAAGAUGCUACAUGAAGUCCACCCGGCCACCCCAAGAGAGUUCCACUCACGAAACAGAAGACACAAGACCGGGACGUACUCCGAAUUCAUUCAAGAAGCGAAAGAACUUACUGAAGCAAAACGAAACCGUAUAUAACGACAAAGUACCUAUCUCCACCCGCUUCUACCUCCAACUGCUGAAGAAAAGCCAAUUCGUCGAGCAUUUCGUAGACACUGAAAAUUAUGAUUACGCUUCGGAAAGCGAAAAACCCGUUAGCUACCCGGAAAUCCCCAAGAGAAAAAAAGAGAACGACAAGUUCACUUAUAACCUCAGGUCUAACGAAGCGAAAACAGAGAGAAAAGUGUUCAAACAAAAGACGCGCGCUCAAAAGAAAAGCAAAAAACUCGCCAACCAACAACCAUGUUUGAGUUCACAGAUAACAAACGAAAUAAAAAUAAAGGCACAGAUAAAAAAGGAUUUGAAAAGAGAACCUCUAGCCCCAAUCAUCGAGGAAAUAAAAAAUAGAGAACAAUUAAAAACCAUUAAUAAAGGUUUGGAAAUUGAUAAAAUAGCGGAGAAAUUAAAAAGUUUGGUGAAGAACAAUGCGGAUGAGAAACUCCAUAAAGAACUGCUGGUAUGCAAGGAGUCCUUUGAUAAGGAUGUGGCUACGUUUGACUUUGAGGAAAAGGGAGUUCUCAGUGAAUUUGCGAAGGAUACAAGACAGGAUUGGGAUCGUCGCUCUCGCCCCAACCACCUCUGCUCGUAUUGCGGUAAGGGGUUUGACAGACCCUGGGUACUGAAAGGCCACCUUCGCUUGCACACCGGAGAGCGACCAUUCCCCUGCCCACACCCGCAAUGUGGCAGGACCUUUGCUGAUCGUUCAAACCUGCGUGCUCACCAGCGCACGCGCGGCCACCACUCGUGGGAGUGGCGCUGCAACCAGUGCGGGAAAGCGUUCAGCCAGCACCGCUACCUAGAGCGGCAUCGGGCCGACGCGUGCCGCAAAUACAAGAUGCACACAAGAAAUCAAGUACCAUCUAAUACAAACAGCGCCGAGGCACCAACAGUUCCACUCUACGGAUUCAUAUGCCACAAUGGGUCGACUAAAACUGAAAAUGACCAGAAAUGGGAGGACAGCCCAAUAGAUUUGUCUAUGAGAAAGAAGACCGCAGAUAUUACAGGGUCAGUGCUGACAAGUGAUAUUGGGACAAAUAAACAGGUUGAUGUUGGGGAUAAAUGUAAAUUAUUAUUAACUUUAAUUACCUAA